UAUACAACACUAGCUUGACGUUGCGCUUUGAUGUAAAGCGCUACCUGUUAGAGGACAACACGAGAUUAACACUCUAACAAAAAGUUUGGAUUAACUGAUGACACCACGACAUUUACCGUGACCGCUCAAGAACAAGCAGGAGAAAUCUCGAUUGUGAGUUGUUUUCAGGGUCAAAUAUGAGUGCUCAAUUGGGGAGAGAGAGAUCGAGAAGUCUAAAAUCUGCGGUGCUGAGUGGAAGUUUCGAGCGUAAAAUGCGAGCCGAGACCUUAAACGCACAAGAAAAUGCACGACUCGAAAAACAGCAGCGCGAUAUCGAUCUGUUUAAGAACAACACAGAGAAAAUACACAUGGCGGAAAAAAACAAGGUGCAAUCACGAAUGCAAAGUUUGCGGAAAAUUGUUCUUAGCAGAACACAAUCGAGUGAGAGUACGUCAUCUUCGACAGUCAGCUCCAAGAUGUAUGGUGAAUGUGUUCGCUUUCCGAGGCUUCCAAACUCGACAGAUACUAACGGGAAAUUGUCAAUAGAAACCUGUACGGAAAAUUAUCGAUCUGCUCCUGAGUUGCAUUUGGUCUGUGAAGAAAAUGGAAAAGUAGCGACUCAUCUUCCCUCAAUAAAAGAUGCUAUCAGUGCAGGCGCUCGAGCUAAGCGAAGGACUCUUGUCACGGUGGACAAUGAAAGUUUGAAUAUAAUUGCUGACCGUAGACGAAGCAGAACUCAGUCACAUAGUGUAGUGGAAGAUUUAAAACUUCCAUCAAACAGGGUCGCUCUUAAAUCAACAGUACAAGAUUGUUACGGGACACCCUUAGCUAGCCGCAGAGAUCUCAUAGCGGUAAAUUCUUUCCAGCCAAAAGAACUUAGCAACUUGAAUUCGCGGAGGCGAAGUCUUAGUACGGGUGAUAUGACAUUAACGGAGAGAGUCAACUCGUUUUUGGAAAGUAUCGAAACUUCUCCCCUUGUUGAUCAAUCGAGGGGUAGUUGUAGUAGCUCUUGUUCAGAUGAUGAAAAUGACGCUAUUUAAAAUAUGAAAUCACUGGAGUAAAGUAUAAAUUAUGGACUUUUUUUCCUCAUCGAUUUACAUGAAUUGUUCAAUUGCGUAGCAUGUAUGCAUCGGAAACCGAAGUAUAGUAGUGAAUUUCAACAGUCCGUUCGUCUGAGUUUCCAAUCACUUUAAACAUUAGAAUCUAUAGCUGUCAAAUAAAAUA